AGUUUACAAUUCUGAACUUCAAGAAUUGAUGUAAUUAAAAUGGCGUCGGUUUAUGGAAGCGACAGUCGUUGGGUGGAAGAAAAACCUACGAGACAAAAUGGUGGAAUGUCUGAUGCCCUCUCCAUUGCUGCCCACAUUGGGUUUCCUGUUCUAUCCCCACCCUCCCAGAAUUUAUCAUUUCGCAUUGGUGAAACGAGUUAUGACUUUAUAAGAAUAUUGCACGAACUUACCACGCUACAAGGGAAAGUUUCAGAUUUGCAAGUGCAACUUCAUGGUCGUAAGGAAGAUAAGAAUGUCGGGCACUUAACGCAUGUGAGUGAAAUGGAGAAAAAGAUAGAAACAUUAGCAAGAAUCACUGCCAUACUGAAAGGUGCUAUCCAGAAUAAGGAUCGUAUUAUAGCCCGUCUUCAACAGCCACAUUUAUCAAACUUCAUUCCAGUAGAAGCAGAAUAUCAGAAACAAUUCGUGGAACUGAUAAUGAACGCGGCCAGUGAUUAUGGUACCCUCACGACAUCUGUUUCUGAUUUACAAUGGGCUCAAAACUUUAAAGAACCACCGUCUGUAUGGGGGGAGAUGCUUCGGCCAAUCCCUGUAGCAUUGGCGCAAUGUGCCAGGUACUUUGAAGCAAUGAAUGCCAUGAGAGAAUCUUUUGCAACCCUUCAAAAGUUACGGACGUAUUCUUCCCAAUUGCCGAGCGAAUACCAUUCUCGGAUAACUUCACCAAUAGAUUCUGAAUGUGUGUCUCCAUGCUCAUCGAGAACCGGAUUGAGCUCCGAUGAUUUGGAUCUUAGAAGUGUAAUAAAUCAGGAUGUUGAGAAGCAACAAGAGGAAGAUGAUAAGUAUACGGAUGUAGAUGAUAUAAAUGACAUAAGAUUGGCUUGGCCUUCGGGUAACGAAAAUGAUUUAUAGUUAGAAAAGUAAACAGUCAUGUCGCUAUGAUGCUAGUAGCCGGCUUUUCGUAUAUAUAAUUCUUUUUGAGUUAUGAAAUAUGCAUCCGUUAAACUU